UGCAAUAGUAUUGGUCUGUGGUUGCACUGUGUGCAUGUUGAGUUGUUAGUCGAAGGAACACGAUUGAUGCCUCAGCACGAUGACGUCACUCGCGUUGGGUGCAACAACUAUAGGUUGAAUGUAAACAAACAACUGAGGUUUUCUAACAGGAGUUUGCUCGGCUGUUGUCGAGGAGUUUCACAUUUCCCAUUAGAAGAAAAAUUUCAAAUACUUGAUCCUAUUUAGUCAACUUUGGGUACCAGUGACCCUGACCCCUGCACUAAUGUUUUCUCAUGAGCUCAUAUUUUGUACGGUAUUUGUCCACUCAGGUGACUGAAGGACUGAGUUCAGGAGUAUUUGGGGCACUGGUGUCCCAUCCGGCCUCGACUUGUCUGCUGGUUUUGGCUGCUCUCGCCGCCACAUGUUGGUACAUCAGAGACUUCUACAAGGUGGACGCCUUCGACCUCAAGCACGUACUCAUCACAGGCUGCGACAGCGGUUUCGGCGAACUGCUGGCCAGGCAGCUGGAUCACAAAGGUUUCCACAUCAUAGCGGCAUGUCUCACCAAGAGCGGCGCUGCAGAACUGGCCCGCUCGGCCUCCCCCAGACUCACGACUCUCCUGUUGGACGUCACAGACGGCGAGAGCAUCAGGAGGGCGCAGGAGGUUGUGAGCAGAGAGGUGGGAGAGCGAGGCCUGUGGGGGUUGGUGAACAACGCGGGCCGGUCCACACCCAUCGGCCCAGCAGAGUGGAUGCGCUUGGAGGAUUUCACAAAGGUUUUGGACGUGAACCUGCUAGGCACCGUGGACAUGACACUCCAUUUCCUGCCACUCCUGAAGAAGGCUCGGGGCCGAGUUGUCAACGUGGCCAGCGUCAUGGGCCGACUGGCGCUCAUCGGAGGAGGCUACUGUCUUUCCAAGUGGGGAGUGGAGGCCUUCUCCGACAGCCUCAGGAGGGACAUGAAGCACUUUGGCAUCCAAGUGAGCAUCAUUGAACCUGGUUUCUUUAAGACUAACGUGACCCGGCUGGAUUUAAUAGAAGCAGACCUAAAAAGGCUCUGGACCCGCCUCCCUCAGGAGGUGAAACGUACCUAUGGAGAGACGUACUUUGAUGACUACGUGAAGGCCCAGGCCUUCUCCAUGGGCAUCCUGUGCAGCCCACAUAUCUCCAUGGUGACAAGUUGCAUGGAACACGCCUUAACCGCCUGUUUCCCCCGCACACGCUACACUGUAGGUUGGGACGCCCACCUACUCUGGAUCCCGUUGUCCUACCUGCCUUCUUUUGUGUCCGACUUUGUUAUCAGCACGCUUCUACCUCUACCUGCAGCAGCGAGGAGGUGA